AAAAAAGUUGGCAGCACUGUGGAAUUGUAAUAACAACGUUUUUUGCACAAGCCCCAAAUUCAAGUUUUUGUUAAAUUCGUUGAGUAAAAAUGUCGGAAACCAGCUCCAAGGAGAAUGUAAAGACCGCUAUGACAUACAUUUGCGGCGAAUGUCAUCACGAGAAUGAGAUGCGUCCCAGGGACCCAAUACGUUGUCGUGAGUGUGGCUACCGCAUCAUGUAUAAGAAACGCACCAAGCGUCUUGUCGUUUUUGAUGCACGUUAAUUUGGAACACAAUUUGGCAGCAAUGGAAACUAUUCUAGAGUUUAGCUUGUAAUUAAAGAAUAUAUUUUUUUUAAAUAUAAGAGUCUUGUAAUCAAU